AUGAAAGGUAAGUGGACAGAAGUAGUGGAAAUAUACAAGGAAAAUCCAAGGGCUCACAAGAUGAGGAUCGCACACGAAGGUGGUACAGCUUUGCAUUUAGUAGUCAUACAAUGCAGAGAAAAAACUGUUUUAGAACUCGUGCAGGAGAUUUCCAAAAUUGACAAAAGUGCACUUGAAAUCCAAAACGACAGAGGCGAUACCCCUCUUCACCAUGCAGCUUCAGUGGGGUGUAAAACCAUGUGUGAGUACAUCGUCGCGGCAGCUAAUCCAUCGCUGAUUGGCAUUCGGACCGACAACAAAGAGACUGCUCUAUUCAUUGCAGCUAUUAAUGGAAACAAGGAUGCUUUCUUGUACCUCCAUUCCGUGUGCCCUGCCGCCUCUGACUCUAAUUCGCCGGAUUAUCAUCACUACUCUUAUACCAGGAGAUCCAACAAUGGUGACAAUAUUUUGCAUGGUGCAAUCAAUAACGGGCACUUUGAUUUGGCAUACCAAAUAAUUCAUUUGUAUGAGGAUCUUGUUAAUUCUGUCAAUGAGGAGGGAUUAACUCCAUUCCAUUGUUUGGCCAAGUCAUCUGACUUCAAAAGCGGUUCUUAUGAUGACCUCGCACUAUGGAAGAGACUCAUUUAUCAAUGUAUUGGUGUGAAGGAGCUCAAAUUUGAGGAUAGGAAGAAUGUUGUUCAAAACUGGUCCCAGUCAACAAUUCCUAGCAAUGAAAUGCAAGGCAUAUUUCCGACUAGCUAUGACAAAUUCGUCAAGGUGCUAACCAGUCUUGGAGUAGCAUUUGGAGGAAUCUAA